AUGGCAUACGAAUAUGACACGCGUGGGGUCCUGCUCGAGUGGAUGAAAGAAGGCGACAACAAGACUUGCGCCGAAUGCGCAACCCCGCAUCCCCAGUGGUGCUCUUUGUCGCUCGCCAUCUCGCUCUGCCUCUCGUGUUCCGGAACACACAGGUCGCUCGGCUCGCACCUGAGUUUCGUUCGUUCCUUGACUAUGGACAAGUGGACGCCGGCGCAGAUUGACCGGAUGAAGGCGGGAGGCAACGGCAAAUGUCGCGAGUUUUUCGAGGGCAACGGACAGCCUUGGAAGAGUCUGCCCAUCACGGAGAAGUACAACACACACGUCGCCAACAUGUACCGCGAAAAGCUCCUCGCCGAUGCUGAAGGUCGACCGUGGAUCCCCUCCGACCCUCCCGCUCCGUCCUCCUCGUCCUCAUCCUCCACCCUCCGCAAGCCUCGCUCGACCAACUUUGCCUCGUCCACGUCCUCUACACCAUCACGUACCGGUUCUCCCGCUACGCCGUCCGGCAUGCCCAGCAAAACGCAGAACGAAGACUUCUUCGCUCGAAUGGGUGCGACGAACGAUUCGAGGCCGGACAACCUUCCUCCCUCGCAAGGCGGGAAGUACCAAGGCUUCGGCUCGAGCGGCUCCUUCACGCCGUCCUCGGCAGGAAGAGGGAAUGCGAACCCGCUCAGCAGUCGCAACUUGCCAGGACUCGACGAUUUGCGGGACGACCCUGUCGGCGCGCUCGGCAAGGGAUGGGGCUUCUUGGGCGCGGCGUUGGGUGCGGUGGGCAAGACGGUGAACGAAUCCGUCCUCCAGCCGACCCUGGAACGCGCCGCCGACCCGGCCCUUCAGUCUCAGCUGUCCACCAUCUCCUCUCGCGCGAUUUCGACCCUCUCCACUGCUGCGAAGACGUCCGGCCAGCUCCUCUCGACCGGCCUCGAGACCUCCUCCACCUUCAUCCGCCGUGACUUGGGCGUCGACGUCGGCGACCUCGGCGCGCGCUAUAUCGACCGUGCGACCGGUCGCGGUGCCGGCGAGGGAUACGGUGCGGUUGGCGAGGAGCACGCUCCGACGGCUCACAGCACGAUGGAGCCGGGCCAGGGGGACUUCUUCGAAGCGCACCUCGGCACGGGAAGCGGGGCGGGCUCGAGUUCCGACAUGGGCGGCUUCCGCGACAUGCCGACUGUUCGCUCGACGUUGGCAGCUGGCUCGACAGGUCGCUCGUCGCCGGCAACGCAGACUCCGCCGCCUCCUAAGCCGGAAGUGACCGGAUCGUGGGACUCGCUCGCACCGCAGGCGGCGGCAAGGAGGGCCCAGCAGCAGAAGGAGAAGGAAGCCGCAGCUGCUGCUCCGAAGAAGACAAAGGAGGAGGACGAAUGGGAGAGUUGGUAG